CUCCCCAGACAGGUCGUGGCACAGCUGCCCCAUGGCAUCGCUGCUUGUAUGGGAACUGCUGAGUCCUGGCCUGACCCACUGACAGAUCACCUGGAGAAAGGACCCGGUCAGCCAUGUGUGAGAGGUAGGUUGUGUUUUUGCAGUGGAAAUUUCCAGUAUUUCUGUAGGUAGUGUAGGUGAAGUUGCUUUUCACAGAGAAUGCUGCUGAACAGAGUAAAGUUGAGACUGGGGCAUUCCCUCCUGGGUAGAAUUGGCAUAGGCACCAGGUAAGGAAACUCUAUAGGGUAGGGGAGAGCCUAGCACAAGACAGAACAAGUGUGUCGAUUGUUGAAAAUAUUGCCUCCUAUCUCCUUAAAAGGUAAAGAAUAUACCCAAAGACAAUGGGUUGCUAACAGACGUUGUAUGGAAACAUAAUGGAGCAACAGCUUCGGACCAUUGUGAGCCUGAGAUGCUCAACCAAUGAGUGCCAGGAGAGGCUUUGCCUGUGUUGGACCCAGGGGAGAAAACGGAGUGGAUUGCACUGAUCAGGAGCGCAAUUUCUGCCUUGGCAGUAGGGGGCGUGCGCCCGUUGUUGCAAUCAUGGACAAACUGCUCUUCACAGAGAUCUCGGCCUGAUUCGAAAUUGUAGACCUGGAGCGUGUUUCUCACAAAGCUGCAAACAUCAGCCCGAGCUCCAAGGUGGGCGAGGAGAGCCCAGGGAGCAAAGGGCUUCACCGUGGUGCUGGGCAUAAAAGACCUAACGCUGCUUUCUGUGUGUGCUGCUGCUUGUAGAACAGCUGACAUUGAAACGGUGAAUAAAGCCCGCUUUGAUCAGAGAUAGUGUCUGGAUCAAUUCCUUGGGUAUAACCAACAGGUGCGGGUUCUCCUUUCCCCCCAUGAUGGCUCAGAGCCAAGCACAGCUGUGUGGGUUGGGCUCUGUACUGCGAAGGACCUCCCACCAACUGUGUGAACCAAACAAAGGGAACUUUGAAAGAUGUAGCAUAACCACAGGACCGUUAUGUCAGCGUGGUUUGGCUUCCCCACACAGAUCCUCUGCCUGCACACACUGCUCAGCUGAAUGAGGGAGAACGACUGAACCAUUCCUCAGAGCACAAAGCAGCACCAGAACCCCCAGCACACCAGAGGAGAAGGAUCCCAACAGGUUCUGACCCCCAGCUCCCAGAAGAGGAUGUGCAGAUAUUGCUGCUGGAGUCCAAUACUUCCACACCCGCUAUGGGAGAAGGAGACCAACAAGAAACAUUUUCAGAGCCCAAAGCAGCACUGCAGCCCCUUGGGCAGAGUGGAGGACAGCAAUGGGGUUCCUGGUGCCAUGUGACAGGAAGGAGGAGAUCCCGUGUGCAGCUCAUUGCUUCAUGUGCAGCACUGGGAACCCUCAGCCUCGUGCUGGUGGUGAUAUCGACCGCAUGUCGGCAGGUCCCUGUGCCACCUUUCCCAGACUUUGCCCACGUGUGCCCCAACGCCUGGGUCGGAUUCCAGGGGAAAUGCUAUUAUUUUUCGAAGGAGGAGAAUGAUUGGAACAGCAGCAGGGAGCACUGCAAUGCCCACGGAGCUUCCCUGGCCACCAUAGGCAGUGCGGAGGAGAUGGAUUUCAUGAUGCGCUUCCAGGGCCCGGCAAUCUGUUGGAUCGGGCUGCACAGGGAAGAAGAGGACACCCAGUGGACGUGGAGCGAUGGCACAGCCUUCACCAACUGGUUUGAGCUGCGAGGUGGAGGCCGAUGUGCGUACCUGAACGGGGACAGGAUCAGCUCAUCCCUGUGCCACCUACACAAGCACUGGGUCUGCAGCAGAGCUGACCACUACGUCCUCUGGAAGCAAAAGGUGCACCCACAAUGAGAGAUCUCAUCACCACCAACCUUGUGCCAGUGCUGCUGUUGUAUUACAGUGUAUUAUCUUGCAGCCCGAUGUCCUUUCUAGUCAAUUACUUUGUUUCUGCUCAGAUCGUUGCUGCCGUGUUGUUUUUGGGCCCAUCUCGCUAUCCUUUUCCCUGUUCCCCUUUUCUGGGGUGGCGAUCCGCGGGUCCCUCUGCCCCGCUACUCACGGAACCGGGCCGAACCAGCCCAUAAACCACUGACAUUGUGGAUGAGGUGCUACGAGAUGAGGCUGAGGAGCUCAGCGGUGGUGAUGGUGAUUGGAGGACAGUUGGAUGGGAUGAUCCUGUAGGUCCUUUCCAGCCCUGUGCCUCUAUGAUUCUGUCAUCAUUCUGAGCCACUCUCUGUCCGGGCCGUAUUGUUUCAGGCACGCU